AUGUUUGUUAUUGCCUUCAUGAGGGUCACUACAAAAUUGCAGAUGGCAUGUGGAAUUCAAGAUGACAUAAGUGUCGUUAUGCAUAAUGGUGAUAGGGAAACUGUUCAGCCAUCUUCUAAUCAUCAAGAAAAUAAUCCUAUUACCAUAAAGAAGAAAAUUAAUACUAAAGAAGAUCUAAAACCAAAUAUUCCUGUUAGAAGAAAAGCAGUUGGCAGUAGUGAAUUAGAAAAUUUCAACUCUUCUGUAGAACCAAGAAGAGAAAAACUUCUCGGUCAUUUUAAAAAACAUUUUCUGACAAGGUGUGAAGAUGAAGAUGGAGGCGAGUCUGAUGUACGAGUUCCUCCUCAAAAGCUUUUGGAACCAGUUAUUCCACCGACAGAGAGAUUUGGAUUGGACUUAACACCAACUUUACAGAAUGUUGUAUCAACUGUGAAUAUGGGGUGCACUUUAGAUUUACAAAAAAUUACAUUUUGCACACGAAUGUCUGAAUACAACCCAGCACGCUUUUCAGGAGUGGUAAUGAGAAUACGUGAACCUCAUACUACAGCAUUAAUAUUUCGGUCUGGCAAAAUGGUUGUAACUGGUGCCAAAACAGAAGGGGAAGCCCACUUAGCAUCUCGAAAAUAUGCAAGAAUCAUUCAAAAAUUAGGUUUCAGCGUCAGAUUUAUGGAUUUUAAAAUUCAGAAUAUUGUUGGAACUUUUGAUGUAAAAUUUCCUAUUCGUGUUGAAGACUUGAAUCAGGUUCAUGGCCAGUUUUGCCGUUAUGAACCUGAACUUUUCCCUGGAUUAAUAUACCGUAUGGUUAAACCACGAGUGGUACUUUUGAUAUUUGUGAAUGGAAAAAUUGUUUUGACCGGUGCCAGGAAUCGUACUGAACUGAGGGAGGCAUUACAAAUUAUGUAUCCUGUGUUAAAGAGCUUCAAGAAGGACAAGUCUCAAUAAAAAAAAUAUGUAUUAAUGUUUAUUUUAGUUUAUUUGCAAUUAUGAAAUUGUGAACAUUUUCAUUAAAAAAAUUAAUUUGUUAAUUUCUUAAUAUCUGUAUAUAAGUAAAUGAAACUAAUCAUAGUCCUUGGGAUAUUUUUUAAUGUAAAUGUGAGGACUAAAUGCAAUUUGAACUCUCAUCUACAAUAUUUAAUUAUCAUUUCUCUGUAAAUAGUGCUUAUGUUAAUGCAUUUGACUAUCGCUGUUUAUUUCUUUAUUUGUAAUUAAUUGUUGAUUAGUUAACUUCUUGGGUGUGGAAUAAUAUAAUUGAUGUAAGUUACUCACAGAAAUUGAAGGAAACGUGGUAUAGGCCAGAAAUUAUGGAUUAUGAGGGACCAUUUUUGGUUGUUUUCCUCUAUUUUUAGCCCCCUUGUGCAGGGUUUGAUUGAAGGUAAGAAUGUACACGUUAGGGACCAGAAGCGCUGUAAUUUGGAAAUAGUAAAUUUUUUGUUACUGUUUCCAGUAUUAGAUAUUUUGGUAUCAGUUGUAUAAAAUACUGAUACACUAUAAAUUAUGUAAUGUUAAUGAUAAUGUUAUUUCUUUUAUUGAGCUGAGGCUAGUACUCAUAUGCACACUUCACCUUUAUUUUUGUUUUUCAUGUUAAUAAUAAUAUUGUUGUGUUUUUUAAAUAGUUUUUUUUUAAUUUCUUCCUUGGGCCUCUGGAAAUUUACUUCUGGGUCCUCUAGAGAAAAUAUUUAUUUUGACAUUAGUUGGUGCAUUUACUAAGAAGCUGUUCAUAGUAAUGUAAAGGCCUUAACCACUAUUCCUUCAGAAAGAAUUAUAUAUUCUGCAAUUUUAAUUUACAAUAUAAGCUAAUAUUCAAUGUGCUACCCUUGCAAAAAGUAAAGGUCAUUGUUGCUUUAUUGAUUUUGAUGUUACUCUAUUUGUUAUUUAGAUAUCCCAGGUAUCUUAGUUUAUUGAAUACAAUUACAAUUUUUAGAGGAUCAGGCCACAUUUUGGGGAUUGACCCAAAAGUGGAGGUGUGAUAUAAUAAAUAUAGUAUUACUUUUAUACUUUUAUUGUGUGUGUGGGUUUAUGUCUGAAUGUACUGAACUUGUAUUAUCAUGUAAUCAGAGUUAAAAAUGAUUUUCUCAAAGAUUCUUGCUGUUGACAGCUCCAAACAUGCUUCUGAGACAAUUUUGUUUGCCCAGUGUCUUGCAACACGAUGGGAUUAGAUGCCAAUGAAUGUGCUUCCUAUCUAAAGUAUUGGAAUUUCCGUGAGUACUUGUGAAAACCACAAAAUUGUUGUAUCUGAAAAGUAUAUGAAGUGCAUUACUUUAGUGGCUUAUCUUUUCUGUCAAUUAGUCUUAUCUCUGGCAAAGAGCCUUGGUUGAAGUGAACUUAUUAUACGCAGAUUAUUCAGUGGCCCUGGUGACUUAGCCAUUUUCAAUCAAAUCAUUCAGAUUCUUGUUAAUGUGCGAUUCGUCAUAAUAUCAUUCAUGAUUAAGAAGAAACCAAUUGUAAGGUUUUUGAAGUAUUUGUUUUAAUUACUCUGAAUGACAAUCUUGUUGAGAAGUGGAAAAAACCAAAGUACAGGACAGUCUCAUUCCACUGCAAACAUUAAUGUCAAUCUCUUCUUUAACGAUACAAUUAUGAUUGGCUUGAUCUAUUUCUGUUAUAUAUUUUUGCUUUACUUCUUGUAAGUACAGUAUUUUUUAUCCAGUUGUUGCAGUUUUAAAAUACCACUGUACUGUAGGUGACUAGAAUGCAAUUUGGCAAAGGAACGUGGUGAACCAUCUUGUCUCCCAAUUUCUUGUACAAGAUGCAUGGUGAACCAUCUCAUCUAUCCAUUUCUGUUAAUACUCAUUUCAAAACUGUGAUACUGACUGAAGCCAACAGAAAGGAAUCCUGGAAAAGAUACUUUAAAGAAAUACACUGUAGAUAAAACAUGUAGAAGUAAAUUAACAAAUGAGUGUUUGCUGGAAAAGUUUUUUCAGGAAACAAAUAUAAACUUCUCAAAAUUUACUUUUCCUUUAAUUACAUUUUUUUUCUUUUUCUUUCUUUUUUUAAUAACUUAAAUUUUCAAUUGGCACUAGUAUUUUCUGUGAAAUGGUUUAUGGACAUAGAUCAAGCACAUUCUAUUGAUAAUUUGAAUGAAAUUUGACAGCUCAACUCUUCUAUCUGUUUGUACAGUAUUGCGACAUAACAUAAAACAUUUUCUAGUAAAAAAUGAAAAUGAAAAUUAUUGCCACUUUCAUUGUCGCCUGAAAUGGGUCAUGAGAAUAACAUGCUUACAAGUUCUUUUGCAUAUCUGAUUUGGAAAAAUGGAUUUGUGUGUGGAAACAAAUCUCUAAUUUAUUAAUAUAUAGAAGAACAAGAAAUUGUCCAAUAUAAUUACCUUUUGACUGUUUGGGCAAUAUGUCUGAAAAAUUGUUUAUUUGCACAUUAGUAAAUAUAAAUAAAUAAAGAAAGUAAAAAAAUGUUGAUAAAGUAAGUGAAAAAAAAAUUAAUAAAAAUUAGAAUUCAUAAGAUGAAUCCCAUACUUGCCUUGCAAAACAAUUCUGGUUUAUGACUGAUGAAGCUGGAGCGGGAUAGGUAGAUACAAUAUUUUUCUGCUAGGCAAAAAGCUCUGAAAAAUUGAUCUUAAUUUGGUUGAGAUCCUCAUUUUGCCCCUGCUGUAGCUCUUUGACAACUGGAACAAUCUUGAACAUUAGAUUUAAAAAUCUUCGUAAUUCCGUUUUUCUUAAGACAUGAAAGCCUAUCUAUAUUGGGAUAAGUUUUGUCCCAUUUAAAAAUUACCUCAUAGAAUAUUUGCAAAAGAAUAAUAUUUAUAUUCAUAAAAAUAGUUUAUCAUAAGUAUAAUUAUCAUUUUUAUUGUAAUUAUCAUAUUAUUAUUAUUAUUAUUACAAUUAUCAUAUUUAUUAUGCAUCUGUGGUACAAUUUCUUAACAAGUUUGUAACAAGGUGAUGUAUUAUUUUUAACCCUCACAAAGCUGAUAAUGAAUGAUGAGUGGAGGAUCAUAUUCAAUCAUUACUGUUAUAAAUUUAUAUAUUGGCAAAGUAGUUCAAUUCAAUUUUUAUGUAUUGUGAAUUUACACUUUUAUCUUAUUUUUUGUGUUUUUUUUUUUUUUAUGCACUUUUCUCCAUUGCAUGAAUGAGCAGUGCUCAAGAACUAUUUAUUUGCAUCCAUGAGACAAUGUAUUUUUUGAUAUUUUGUUGUAAUAAGGGGUAGUAGAUAUAGAUAAAAGGUUGUGGAAACUUGUAUAUAGACAAUUUAAUUCAUAUUAAAGUGUGUUGUAGAUCAACAGAAUUCCUUUUUUUUUCUGGAUAAUAUUUGGUGUUUUUCAUUGAACUGUAAUUUUGUUGCUUAUUUUUAAGGAUAACAUUUGUUGUGUUAAUCAUUGAUUUGAAUUUGGAUCAGUUUUUUUGCGUGACCUAUUUUAUGGCAGUGUAUUUACGUGUUUAUUUUCAUGUUAUGACUGUGACUAUGACUUUAUGACUGUGUUCAUUAGAUGGAAAUUUCCUUAGCAUAAAAUAUUGUUCAUCAAUAUUUAUUUUCUUAUUCCAUUGAAUGUAUUUGAGUUUUAUGUUUACCACAUAAUUCUUCACGGGUAUACUUUUGUAUUUGGUACCUAUUUAGUGAGUAAAUAUUGAAGC